AUGCGUCCUCACCAAGCCUUCCUCUCGGCGGGACCCCAGCAAGAAGGGCCCCCUCCAUCGCCCAGCUCACCUCCCGGUCCCUUCCCGGGCCUCUGGGCACCCCCGCAGGGCUCUGUCCCGAAGCAGAACCUCGAGAAGCCAAGCCCACGAGGCCCGUCGCGGGACCCACCCCCCGCUUCCUUCUCCCAGCACCUCGUCCUCCAUGCACCCGGCCCCCGGGGCUCUUCGUCGUCGUCGUCCCGGCUCGUACCGCCCCCCGUCGGGGGCUCCACCCCCCGCCUGCACCCGCCCCCAGGACGGUCCCCUCCCCACCGCGCGCCGCCUGCGCCCUCUGCCCCGGCACGGGACUCCCUUUGGCCUCCGUUCCCCGCCCAGAAGCGGCGGCGGCGGCGACGGCAACGGCUGCGGCGGCCCCAGCAGGAGCAGCAGCGGCGGCGGCGGCCUGGCGCGAAGCGGGUGGAGAGCUUGCACGCCGGAUCCCCCCCCUGGCUUGCCGGGGCUAGAUCAACCCGACCCCCGUUUCCAUGGAGACCCCCGCCCAGCCGGGAUGAAGACUCUCAGAUCGUGGCGAACAAGUCUCACCUGGCUAAGGGAGAAGGGUUGCUUACCAGUCAAUCCCCUAGCCCCAUUUGUGCGCUUGAGGCUGCCGGAGCCCGGGAAGCCCGGGCACAAACUCCGCGGAAGCUGGCCUUCGCCGCCGCCGCGCUGCCGCGGGCCUCCCUCCCUCCGCUGGCGGCCCCGCCGAUCUACCUUCGCCCCCGGCCGAGGCCAGACCCCGCUCGCAACUCCACGCCCCUACUCCACCCCCGGCUCCCCCUCCCCUCGCCCUCUCCCCGCUGGUCCGGCCCAGCCCCUAGCGCCGCCCCGCCCUACUGCUCGGUCCCGAGCCCAGCAAGUGCCCCGAACUCGCCCCCCGCCCCCACGCCCAGGCCAGUCCGGCCGGGCCUGGUUUCCCCCUCCCGCCGCGCCCCGCCCCCGAAUCCACGUCCUACUUCGCCACCCAACUCGGCCCGAUCCGGGUUCGGCCCGCGCCCAGGCCACCGGAGUCCCCGGUUCGGUCCGGUGUACGGCCACCCACCCCGCCCUUGCCUGGGUGCCGGCCUGGCCCGCUGCCUGCGCCCGCCGAGCCGACUCAGGCGCGCGGUCCUGGUCCCGGUCCCGCCUCUGUGUAUGGGGGGGGUUAGGGUCUUGCCUGCGGGGGGGACGGACGCCCCGCCGGACGCCCCGCCCCUCUCCCGGCCCCCCACUUCCCUAACCCGGGCGACCUCGGUGCGUGGCUCCGGCACGGGCACCGAGGCCGCCCGCGGGUGCAGCCCCAGCCCCGGCGCCGAAGUGGGACAGGUGCUGGGGAAGGGAAAAUGCCGGGGCUCGCUGCCUCGCCUCGCGUCUCCGGGGCGGCCCACCCUUCGUGGCAACGGCCGGGGCUGCAGCCCCCCUGGGCAGAACUCAAAGGGCAGCCCCCGGCCUGGGCGUGGAGGCAUCUGGACCGAGGAGAGCCGAGGGGAGCUGGGCGAGCCAAGCACGUUAAUGGCAGCUGCAAACCUGUAG